CAAGUGGAAAGAAGAGGUCCUUCGUGCAGGGGACCCCGCGUGAGCCUGAGCCGGGCACAAGGAUGACGUCUCCCCAGAACACAGACGAAUCUUGCAGAACACUUUGAGAGCUGCCUUACAAUGUUGUUCUCCUGGUAAUAAGAAAUACCACAAAAAAGUCAAUAUUAUCCUCCAACUCAGGAGACAGCUUGAUGUAGACAAACACUGAGAGACAGAAGAGAAAAAGUAGUCUGACAUCAGCAGGGCCCUUCCUACCACUGGUGUGCGGGACAGACUUGGACGGGCUUCUCUUCUUUCUCCUCAUCCGUAGACCAGGAGCGACGAGAUGGACUCAGCACCACUCUGGGAGGAGCAGGAGGCCUGCGGCGCUGUCCUCACUGGGGCCAUCAGAGCUCUCAGCAGCACCCACCUCCUUUCUCUUCUCUGCCCCACUGCACUGCGGCAGCUCUGGAGUAGUGUGAUCCACUCCUGACCAGAAAUCCUGUACCCACUGUGUGUCUGAAGGAAAGCUCUUUGUGAAAGUUUAACUUAAAAGAAUCUGUCACCCAAAACUGGUCUAACGUCAAGGGUGGAAUAAGACGCCACUGCAGCAGACGGGGGAACAGAAUAGACAGCAAAUGAAUACCGCGGGAGGUCACAGAGGGGCUGCUGCCACAAACAAGAGCUGCUGACAAACUGAAAUGUCCGGCUCUGCAUGCAGGUCACGUCACUUCCACUGUUACCCACAGACGCAAGGGCCACGGGGGGGCAGGACAAAGCAGAGAGGCCAUCGCACGUGCUGGUUAACAGCGAGGGUGUGGAGACAAACAGAAUUGCUGCCUGCUCAGGGCUUGGCCCUACCCUCGUGCAGCCCCGAGUGAGCCAUUUAACCUCCGUGAGCUGCAGUUUCUCCUCUGUGGACAGGGGUGAUACACUAGUCUCUGAUUUAUGGGUGGCUGUUACACCUAAGGUCCAGUGUGAUUCACUCCUAAUCACAGAGCUCCAACCUUGCGAUGCUUCCGAGGCAUAGCAGGAGUCUGGUGCUUGGCAACAGAAACAAACACAAGGAGAAGAAAUGUUCAUCUCCGAGGAGUCUCCUCCUCCAUUCAGCAGUCAGAGAAUGAUCUGGCGGUACCUGUGGGGGGACAAGGUCCGCCCUCACACUCAAGGAAGCCACAAUAUCAUCGUGCCGAAGAUUGGACAUCUCAGCCUCAGUGUGGACCAGGACCAGAUCAGCCAAUGGGGUGGCAGUCCAGACCAAACCUGGCUCAGUGGCCUCCUGCACCACUCAGGAAGGUGCUACUUUCGGCCCAGAGGAAGAAUCGCAGGGCAAACAGAGGUCCUGGCCUGGCCCGUUGCUGUGAGGGUCACAGUGAAGACCACCCAAACAUUCAGCCCCAAAUUCCACAUGGACAUCACUGAUGGAGUUAAAAUUGUUUGUAAGGUUUCUCUGUCAGUUCCUUGGAAGAAAUUUUCAAAAACUUCCUACAGAUUAAACUUCACUGAACAUCACCACUUCACUAGGCCUUCCCAGAGGACUGCUACACAGUUGCAGUCUGUAAGAAGCUUCCGGUGGAAGGGAAGGUGCAGAAGUGACAUCACAGUCCUGGUGCGACGUUUUAAGUGCGAAUGUGGAGGUGAGGACUGUUCGGGCCAGCCUACUGACCUGGAUAAGGCCGAGGAAGGAAUCACCGAGCUGAGUCUUGCCGGGUAA